UAUCUUGCGCACAGUUCCAGGCCAGGCAGCAUUUCCAUUCUUGACGCUGCCAGAACCUGCUCCAGUGGCAGCUGAGCAGCGCCCGUCAGCAUGCUCUGCCUGUGCCUGUAUAUGCCACUCAUCGGAGAGGCCCAGACCGAGUUCCAGUACUUUGAGUCCAAGGGGCUUCCCGCCGAGCUGAAGUCCAUCUUCAAGCUCAGUGUCUUUAUCCCCUCCCAGGAGUUCUCCACCUACCGCCAGUGGAAGCAGAAAAUCGUACAAGCUGGAGACAAGGACCUCGAUGGGCAGCUCGACUUUGAAGAGUUCGUCCAUUAUCUCCAAGAUCAUGAGAAGAAGCUGAGGCUGGUGUUUAAGAGUCUAGACAAAAAGAAUGAUGGACGGAUCGAUGCUCAGGAGAUCGUGCAGUCCCUGCGGGAUCUGGGAGUCAAGAUAUCUGAACAUCAGGCAGAAAAGAUCCUCAAGAGCAUGGAUAAAAAUGGCACGAUGACCAUUGACUGGAAUGAGUGGCGAGACUACCACCUUCUGCAUCCCGUGGAGAACAUCCCCGAGAUCAUCCUCUACUGGAAACAUUCCACGAUCUUUGAUGUGGGUGAGAAUCUGACAGUCCCUGAUGAGUUCACAGUGGAGGAGCGGCAGACGGGGAUGUGGUGGAGACACCUUGUGGCAGGAGGAGGGGCAGGGGCCGUAUCCAGAACCUGCACAGCCCCCCUGGACAGACUCAAGGUGCUCAUGCAGGUCCAUGCCUCCCGCAGCAACAACAUGUGCAUUGUUGGUGGAUUCACACAGAUGAUUCGAGAGGGAGGGACCAAAUCACUCUGGCGGGGCAACGGCAUCAAUGUCCUCAAAAUUGCCCCCGAGUCGGCCAUCAAAUUCAUGGCGUAUGAGCAGAUCAAGCGUCUUGUUGGUAGUGACCAGGAGACUCUGAGGAUUCACGAGAGGCUUGUGGCAGGGUCCUUGGCAGGGGCCAUUGCCCAGAGCAGCAUCUACCCGAUGGAGGUGAGGCGCCACUUGGGUCCUGGGGGCUGGCCGUGCACAUGGUACUGGGGUGAAGAGUGCACCGUGCUCACACUGCGCGCUGCUCCUGAUCUGCAGGUUUUGAAGACCCGGAUGGCCCUGCGGAAGACAGGCCAGUAUUCGGGCAUGCUGGACUGUGCCAGGAGGAUCCUGGCCAGAGAGGGGGUGGCCGCCUUCUACAAAGGCUAUGUCCCCAACAUGCUGGGGAUCAUCCCCUAUGCCGGCAUCGACCUAGCUGUCUAUGAGACGCUCAAGAAUGCCUGGCUGCAGCGCUAUGCUGUGAACAGCGCAGACCCCGGUGUGUUUGUGCUCCUGGCCUGUGGCACCAUAUCCAGUACCUGUGGCCAGCUGGCCAGCUACCCCCUGGCCUUGGUCAGGACCCGGAUGCAGGCACAAGCCUCCAUCGAGGGUGCUCCGGAGGUGACCAUGAGCAGCCUCUUCAGACAGAUCCUGCGGACUGAGGGGGCCUUCGGGCUGUAUCGGGGGCUGGCCCCCAACUUCAUGAAGGUGAUCCCAGCCGUGAGCAUAAGCUACGUGGUGUACGAGAACCUGAAGAUCACCCUGGGCGUGCAGUCGCGGUGACGGGAGGGAGGGCAGCCCCCCCGCCCCCUCCAGCAGACUCGCUGAUCCCGGGCUGCAGCCCCGGGAUGUGUAGCCAUCUCAUUCUGUGAAUGUGCCAACACUAAGAUGACUUCAGCCAUGCUGUGAAAACCCUGGACACACCCGCAAGGGAGGCUGGGGAGGGCUGCAGGCCCAUGAGGCUGGUCCUGCUGACCCCAGCCGACCUUUGUGUCUGUCCCGGGGAAGACCUGUGGGCAUUCCUCAGGAUCCAGUGGUCAGCAGAACCCAGGUUCACGCCUGUAGGGACAGGACGUUUCCUGCAGUGCCUGCCAAAUAGCAAGCUUGGAGGCCAGCUUAGCUCUUUCAUCUCAUCCUGCAGGCCACUGCCCCUGGCCUGCGGAGCAUCUGCCCUGUGCUCUGCUUCCUUCCUCUCUGCUGAUUUGUUAUGGGAGGAGGAGGACUCCCAGCCUGCUCCCCGCCCCACCUCAUUUCUCUCCCCUUAGUGUGUGGUGAAAGGGGAUUCCGUGUGGCCUCACAAAUCCAAGUGCCCAACCUCCAGCCUUGAUGCCGCCUUGGUGGUGCAGGGAAGAAGAAGGGGUGUAGCUUUUGCACUCCCCUCACCUGAGCCCUGCUGUGGCCUCUGAGCUCACCAACAGAUGGGCACUUGGAUGUGCCUGCGCAUGCGGGGUGCAGGCUGCCUGGCCUCAGGGUGCAUGGCUUCACGGAAGGCUGGUGCUGGGUCCUGGAGCCCAGAGGGCCUCUGUGCCCUGCUUGGGGCCCCAUGGUGCUCUGAGCUGGCCCCAGACUCUAUCAGGACUGGCACCAGCUCAACCACACUCACUGUCCCCACUCCGUGGCACAAGGGCAGUGGAGGAUGAGGUUUUAGGGCGGAGGGCAGAGUUUCUGCCCGUGCUCACGUGCCCUGGUGAGAGAAGGAAAAGGUGUUGAAGGCCUUAAUUACAUCUCGUUGGGAAAAGGGUUUUGUUCAGAAAGACGAGCUGGACAAAUGUGCAAGUUCCAUGCUUCUGGAGGAGAGGCAAAGGUAGGGGGCAGUUUGGCUGACAGCAUUAAAGUCUGUUUCUGACGCCCCUGGGGAUUUCUGUCCAAUCCCAGCUGGGGCAAGUGGGACCAGCCUCACAUUCCACUGAUGCAACGUAUCACACUGCUUGAGCCUAUUUAUUUUGUAUUUAUUUGAACAGAGUUAUGUCCUAACUAUUUUUAUAGAUUUGUUUAAUUAAUAGCCUGUCAUUUCCAAGUUCAUUUUUUAUUCAUAUUUAUGUUCAUGGUUGAUUGUACCUUCCCAACACCGCCUGGUGGGGAUGGGGAGAGGAGAGGUGGGAGUCGUGGAAGGGACCCUUCCUGCUGCCCACACCAACGUCAUGUCUGUCCAAAGAAAUUCCUCUCGGCACUGGAGACAGAAGAGAGGCGAGAAGGGGGCGGCCCCUGACCAUGGAGAGGCGGGUCCUUUGGCAGUGGGAUGGGCUUGGCCCCAGGAAAUCUUGGGAUCUCCCAGUUUGAUUGGGGUAUGGGGGGAGAGUAGGAGAAACCUCAACAAUGUUGGAAAUAAGUCCUAAUCAUUUCCUGGACUGGGAGGAUUUCUUUAUUUCACCCCUUUUGAAUGACAGGGUGGUGUGGUACCUCUCACUGUGAAUUUAUAGUGAGGGGGAGGGGGGCUGGAGGAGAGAGGGGCCAGCUCCCCACCCCCAUCUGUGAAGCGGGCUCCCACCCUCCCAGCCCUCCUGCCCUCAUUCAGUGCUGCUGGUCAGCUGGCACCUUACCAGCUGCACCUGCAUUGCAACAGAAUGGUCUGAUGAGGAAAGUUUAAAUAGGAUGCAAAGAUCAAUGCAAAAAUUACUGUUAUAUAUAAAUAUAUAUAGUUAUAACUGGAAUUUGUCAAAAAGCAAAUUAAGAAAUAAUUGGAAGUUGUCAUUUAAAA